AAGGUAACCUCGGUAGGGGUAGUGCGUGUGCUCCGACCCGUCUCCUCCUUAUCACAUAUUUGUAUAUGAUUUAUAAUCAGCUUCCUUUGGCCCCUCAUGCGAGUGACGGUGAUACGCGGCGCAGGAGUGCAGGGAAGCCUGUGCGGCAGUGGUGGCGAAGCACUCAUGAAGUGGUUUUUUUUCCCUGUAAUAUAUAUUACAGCGAGAGGGUUACCAUACCUGCAGACGGGCUCCUCCCACGGCCGGAACUGACCCUCGAGGCAGCUGGUCCUCGGGGUAAGUCCUCCCACACUCCUGGCAACCUCCACCUUCAGUACCGCGGCUACGGCCAGGGGCGCUGAGUACCUGCAUGCUCAGGUUAUCGAGGAGUGGUGUGGCGGCCUGGUGCCUGGAAGUGUUGGUGGAUUAAGGCGAGUGUAGAGUGCAGGGAGAGAUGUGGUGCAGCCUGCACCAUCACGAUGUGACGGUGUCGUCUCACCUCUACUGAACACUCCUGGGUAAAGUUAUGUCGAUGGGCUGGGGAGGCAUGGUGGUGGGACCAGGAUGGUGGGGAGCUGGAGGUGGAGGUAAGAGUGCCGUUCAACUGCUACAGGAAAGCAAGUCUCGCUAUGUCAAAAGUGACCAUGUACUUGGUAGCAGCCAAACCCCUGCUCGACCAGACCGCCUGCAUAUAUCCUCCAAUCCAAACAUCUUCUUAAGUGCUCCAUCACAUACUCUUCAUGUAUCACGACCUUCACCAGCUCCAGAACGACGCCAUGCUCUUGCUGAGCACAACAAUAUUGUAAAUUUACGUGAUCACCAUAGUCUUGCAGGAUUAUCUCCUCCACGUUUAGUCCCAUUAACAGGCCCAGCAUCUUUAGGAGCACAACCUCCUCCUCUGCCAGCACGUUCACCUCGUGUCACACCUCGUCCAAAAAUCAGGGGGCAGGGAGAGAGCCAAGGAGGGCGGUGUGGUGACCUCCGGCGUUCUCUUUCUCAUGGUCCUGGAGACCGUAAUGAUAAUGUCCAGAUGAAACUACGUCGUUUGCUCAACACCGACUCCCAAGAAAAUUUAGCUUCAUUGUUGCAGCCACCAACUGAAACAAAGCCAAAAAUACCACCCCCAGCACCUCGAAGAGGAGUGAAACUUUCUCCUCCAGGUACCUACAGAGCUGAACCUGCUACAGUUACUGCACACAAAUCUUUACCAGAUCUUAAUCGAGCUGCUUCUCCUGCAGGAGAAACAGAUUCUGAAUGUGGUACCAGUGGACGUCGGCGGCCAUCAUGUCCUGGUGCACUGCCCUCCAGAAACAAUGCUCCAGAACCUCCUCCUCGACCACCACGCAUGUUUCGUGAUCCACCACCUCUCCCUGAGCAUUCUACAGACAGGCCUCCUGCAAGGCCACCUCUGCCACAGAGGCUACGAGAACCAUCAAUACCACGUUUAUCUCGGUCUGGUGCAUUGGCAACAACGCUAAUGCCAACUGAUGGCCGACGAUCAUCAGACAGUGAUGUGUCUGCAUAUGGAGGCACUGGAAGUGGAGUCAGUAAUAAUGAGGAGGGACGACGCAGACCAAUUCUCAGAUCCAGGUCAGAUGUUACACAUGAACGAGGCCACUGGGAAGAAGAUCUUCACAACUCUUUAGCACCUUUGGAUUUAGAGGCUUUCUUUGAAUCUAUGGGUCUAGAUUCUGUUACACACCGUCAGCUCACCUCUCCUCCCAAUUCCCGACAUUCCUCACCAGUUUAUUUUGAGGAGGUUUCCUCUGAGGAAUCUGGUCCAUUGGGUGGUCGUCGAGGCAGUUCUGACUCUGAUGAUGGGCGGGGACUUUCAGGCCCUGGUCCUGGUCCACCUUUACCUCUUCGGGGUACUGGCGAGCCAUCUAUUGUAGAAAAGAAUGCGCGUGUUAUUAAAUGGCUGUUUAACUGCCAGAAAGCACAAGGCACGUAUGUUUCAAGAGUUGCUUCCAUCAAAAGUUAGCCAUGUGGUUUUUUUUUUUUUACUAGUCUACAGUCAUUAAUUGUGCAAGGAAAGGAACUGUUAGGGGAACAAGCUCUUUCCUUCCUUCCACUAAUGCACAACAAAUUUGGCUGUUUUACUGUGAUAAUCAGAGUGACAACUCAAAUUUUAAGCAGUCAACCCUUCAUAGUUCAAUAGUCAUUUAUCAUGAACAUGCAGGAUCCACCAGAGCAUACAGUUUAUAACUCUAAUAUUAAUAUCAGAGUGGUUAUUCGAUCUCCACUCAUCUCAAGCUUAUUACAAUACUUUGUCUUGGCAUUUGAAGGGAAGCCACAGUACAGGAAUUUCAGCCACUAAUUCUUUUUCACAAGAUAAAAACCAAGAAAUACUGUAGUUUGAUAUCUGAAGAGCCUUGCAUGGUGUGGUUGGUGGCUGUCUCACAGGUGAAGCCAUCAACAUUUAUUUAAAACAAAGAUGAAAAAAUGUGGGCAGCUUCAAGUUCUCAACAAACCUUCACAUGUACUAUAAGAAAUAAUAGGUCCAGAUAGAAAGCAAUAGACAAUAUGAAACAAAACUAAUUUUAAUUGUAGCCAAAUACUAUAAUAACCACAGGAAAACCCUAACAGUGAAAAAGAUUGCCCCUCUACAGUACCAAUAUCAAUAACUUAGAGGCAGCUUUGUAUCAAGUAUAAGUUGUCAAGUUAGUAGUAACAUCAUAAUUUGCUACAAUCACAGAACCAAUUACUUUAAUGAAAUCUUUUUAUUGGACUUAUUAUAUUUUUUACAGUACUGCAUCUCAAAAUUAUAUUGUACUUAAAAUGUUACAUAAUCUAGCCACAAGUAUUAUGAAUUUUCAUGUACGUUGCAAUUCAUUGUGUACAGUAUGUAUAUUCAUUACACUGGGAACAGAGCUAAAUAAGAUUAGCUUAAAAAAAUAAUCAGAAUUUUUAAUAUUUGAAAAAAUCUAUUUUGAGACUUAUUCAAAUAAUAGCCACAACAUUUUUAUUAUGUUAAGAUGUUUAAAGAAAUGCAUACAAAGGCAUUUUAUACAUAUUUAAUGGUAUAAUAUUAAUAAAGGUAAAGGAAAGACUCAAUAUAUGUGUAAGUAUUAAUUUUUUGCAUGUAACCUACAUUUUUUCUCAAGGUGCUGUAUACAUUCUCAGACAAUUGUAUACAACACCUUGAGAAAGUAUGUAGGCUACCUCCAUUUUUUGUAUACACUUGCACAUAUAUUGGGUCUUUCGUAUUUCAUUCAAGCACUGCAGCAGUGUAGUAAGUUUCUUCAUAAUAUAAAUAUACUUGAAAGUUGCAUAUGCAAUAGCCCUUUGAAAAUGUAAAUUUUUGUUAUUGAUAUCUUAGAUUAUAUUCAAACUACUGUAUGUAUAGACUUAAUAUUUCUCCAGCAUUUGCAAUUUAAAAAAUUUCACUAGUGCUCAAGUCCCACCAGCAGUGUUCUCUGUAAAUUACAGCUUAAGUGAGUGAUUAGUAAAAAGCAAUGCCAAAAAGUGUUUAAUAACUUGUAUUAAUGACACCUAAUUAUUGAUAUCAUAACACAAAGUGUAAGGCUGUAUUCGAGGCACCGAGAUUUGCAUUAAUCUGCCUCGUCAAAAUACAGUAAUACCAAGGCUACAUAUUAGCCUUCAAGAAGUUUAUAUUUUGCUGCCGCUUCACAUUAGCACACUACUGUUGGUUAUUCUCAUCCUUAUUUUAAGAGCAGUUAUUUAGAGGCUGUCCAUCUAGGUAAUGAAUUUGUUUACACUGAAGUCUUACAUCCACAUUUAGUAAUCCAAUGCUACACACACACAGAUCAUAUUACCCCUUGUUAAGAUAGGAUGUUCAAGAGUAUUAAAUGUUUUGACUGCCUGUACAAAUGUAUUGUGCCAAUGACCUUGUUACGGUGCUAGAAAAAUUAUUACUCUACAAAUUUCGUUUUAUAAUACAGUACCUUGACACUUAAUAAUUCAUGAUUUAUUGUUAGGCUAGUAAUUAGCAUAAAUGUUAUCAGUUAUUGCUUUUUGUAGUUUUUACUGUUUAUUAUUUUACCACAUUAAAAGCACAGGACUGAUGUGAGUACCAGUACAGUACUGCAUAAUAAAGUAAUCUUUACUUAUAAUACCUGUUCAGAUAAGUUUGGUAUGAAAUUGUUUUCAUUAUUUAUAAACACUGAAGAUGAAUGGAACUAGAAUUGUGUAGAGUGCACCAUUAUUUUAUUGAAGGCCAAAGGUACAGAGUACCUGUAUAUGGAACCACUAGGCAUGGCACAUGUUUGACUACGUUAUUAUCAAUAUUAACUAGAGAACCAGAGUAAAUGAGUUUGAUCUCUCUUGGUAACGAAGACAAAAUUAACAUCGAUCUAGAAGUUAACAUUUCAAGAUUGUGAACUACUGUAAUUAAGUUUGAGUUUUAAUCUUUAAACAAAAUUCUACUUCAGUGGCUUGCUUUUGUAAAGUGCUUAAAUAUCAAGAAGAGUUGUUUUAAUAUAAAACUAGUUAGUAGUUUUAUAAAUCUUUAAAAGUAGUUUUACAGAUUUUAUAAUCUAUAUAAGUAGUUUAUAAGUACUGUAAAUCCGAAAGUACCCGGAGCUUCAGUUGUCAAGACUAAUGUUUUAACUCAAGCAAUAUAGAAAAUAUUUGAUAAAAUUUGCAGUGUGACUAAAUUUUUCAUGUGUUUUGUCUGCCAGACUUUUAAAACACUCAAGUACUCUUGUUAAUACAGAAUAGGCAAUACAAUUUAUAUAAUUAUUCUAUAUUCACACAUACUUCAAACAAGCCAAACAAGCUCAAAUUAAUUUAUCAUCCUUGUAAUGUACUGUAUUCCCCAUGAAAUAAUGUUUAUGCAAUACACAGUUACAUCUCCCCAGGCCUGUCCAGCCCUUCCCAUCCUCCCCGGCCCUGCCCAUCCUCCCCGGCCCUGCCCAUCCUCCCCGGCCCUGCCCAUCCUCCCCGGCCCUGCCCAUCCUCCCCGGCCCUGCCCAUCCUCCCCGGCCCUGCCCAUCCUCCCCGGCCCUGCCCAUCCUCCCCGGCCCUGUCCAGCCUCCCCGGCCCUGUCCAGCCACCCCGGCUCUGUCCAGCCUCCCCAGCCCUGUCCAGCCUCCCCGGCUCUGUCCAGCCUCCCCGGCCCUGCCCAGCCUCCCCGGCCCUGCCCAUCGUCCCUGGCCCUGCCCAUCCUCCCCAGCCUUGCCCAUCCAGAAACGGCAGCAUUGCAUAAUACAUGAACACGGUGAUCAAAUAUGUAUUAUACUGUACACUGAUCAAAGUACAUUACACUAAUUAUACAGUGCAAAAUGUGUGUUACUAGCAGAUGCUUAAAAUAUUUAAGCCACUAUUUUAUGUAUAAUUUGUUGUACUAUUAAUUAGAAUUUACUAUUAAUAUAUCAGAAUAAUUUAUAUACAAGAUGUAUUAAAAAUGUUGAACACUUAAAUUUGAGUGGACUUUAAUCGUAGAGAAAUACACUUAUUUAUACCUGUAUUAGUUCUGUUUCAGUACAAAAUUUAAAUUUAAUGUAUUGUACAUUAUUGCAUUUUAACUGUGCUGUAUUCAAUUAAAUAUAUAAAGCAGAUGAAUCACAGUAUUGAAGUGGCUGAAGAUAGUAUGACUAAACCACACAUCAGGAAAUGAAGAAACAACAACAGUUUGGUUCAUCGUGGACCAUUAUCAAGGUGUGUAAUAAAUCAUCAUCGUUUCUUCACUUUCUGAUUACCACUUUUUUUUAUGACCAAACCACACAAAUGUUGCAGGAUCCAUAAGUUCAUUAUAUUUCUUCUUUAACAUACUUUGUGACUGCAAAUAUGAAACUGGAGUGAAUGAAUAGCAAAGCAUCUAAAAUAAAAGAAAAAUUAUUAUUGUAGAAUACAGUAUUGUAUGGUAAGCUUUACAAGUCCUAGAGUAAGCUUUACAGAUCAUAGAGUAAGCUUUACAAGUCCCAGAAUAAGCUUUACAAGUCCCAGAGUAAGCUGUACAAUUCCUCAGUUCAUCAUACUCUGAUGAUCAUUUAAAAUUAUGAAUUUUGUGAAGUGUUUAAAUUACAAACUUUAAUUUAGAUGUACAGUACGAGGUGAGGUCAGUGUUGAGCUAUUACUGCCAUAACACUUUAGCAUCACCAAGCUGAAUCUUUUCACUGCCAGUAAUAUUGUCAGUUAGAAUAUUUAUCAAACAAUGCAUAGAUAUAUUUUAUGCUUGCCUGUAAGUAUUGAUCAAACAUUUAUAUUUGACAUUCAGUAGUUAAUAAAUAAAUAUAAUGGAUGGACUUUGAUAAAAACAGACAUGUAUUUAACUAUGUACAGGAACAGCCCCAGAAAUGUAUGACAUUGACAAAUUGCACCAAUAUUUAUAUAUUGGUAGCCCUUGUCUGAUAAUAUUUAUCGUGACUAACUAUUAUAUCUAUAUUAGAUUGUGAAAUUAAGUGACUUAAGUUUGGUGUAUAGAUUAGCACUUUGUCACUGCCACAGCACACCGCUUUGGAAUACGUUCCCAAACUUGGCUUUGGACUAAUGAAGGCUAACUGAUGCCACUUUUGAUGCCCACCCACCCCGGUGCUCCUGGAAGUGCAACUAGUCAUGCGCCACUCUAUGCUUGUUAACUGAAUGAGACAGUUAAACUGCAUUGCAUGAGUAUACAGGAAUUAUUUUACAAUAUCUUUUGUGGUGAGGCAUCAACAAUGAGAGUUAUGGAGCAAAAUGUGCAUGCAAUGCAUCAGGAUGUAGAGAAAUGCUAUAAUUGGUAGUGAUACAGUGUAGUGGAUUUCAGUAAGCAUGUAUCUAAAGCUGCUCAUUAGUAAACAUUAUUACCAAAUAAUGUAAAUUUAAGCUAGGGUAUACAAUGGAGUACAGUAUAUCAUUUAGUUCCCUUUUAUAGAACAGACUAACUUUGUACAAUAGACAUUACAAGUAAUGAUAUUGGGUUUUAAAUGUGUUUUGAAAUUUAUCAACAUUUUAAGUACAGUAUAUGUGCACUUUAACUCUAAAAUGUGAACAUGGUUAAAGAUACAAUAUAGCAUUUUAUUGGCAAUAUUAAAAUUAUCUAAAUUAAUUUACAAGAUUAUCAUGUUACCAUUCCAAUAUAGGGUAGAAUUUAAACUAAUUAUAAUUUCAGCUUUUCACAUAGAGAUAAGGUACAUGCAACAAGAGAAGUCAGUAGCUUUAAAACAAGUACUGGUUAUAGGUGUUGGUUCAGUGUCUGAACUGCAGUCUCAGAGUCUAGCAUACCUAAUUUUAUAGAAGUUUUGUAUUGAUAUAGGUGGUUUACAUAUAUAUAUAAGGAGUAGGUUAAUGGAACGGCCUUGCCAUUUAGAGGUAGUCAAAACUUUGCACAAGGUCUUGAGUUCUGUGUUUAGCAUUUUACAUUGAGCAUAUAAUUAUUGGUGGGUAGAAAUUAAAUAUCGAAUUAAAUUCCU